CCGCUUCCUUAGUUACGAGAAGCUUGCUAAAAUUAGCAUGCGUAGCUAACUAAACUGCAAAGCAUUUCAAAAUUCGAGUCUUUGUGGAAUCUUUUGAACGCUACUAUACAAAUGGUUCACAAUGUUUUUGUGAAGCCAUGAAUUCCCACCAAUGGAGCGCUUUAGCGUUGAUAUUUGUUCUGUUGUGUUGGGAGUUUGCGGCUAUAGACUCACAGCUAACUUCUACCACCGUCAGUGGCAACCACGACGAAACGCCGUCUCCCGCUCCAGGGGUGGAGAACGUCACCGGGGUUGAUGUGGGGACACCUGCGCCCAAUGCUACCGGGGGUCCUACUGUCGUCAGUGAAGAGACCACCGUUAUCAGCGAAGCUCCAUCCUUCCCCACCACCGAGCCUGCUGGGACCAAGGCGUGUCUUUGUGAUUUAACGCCUGGCUUCUGUGACAUCGGCUGCUGCUGUGACACAGUGGACUGUGAGGUUGCUAAUUUGAGCAAUGUUUUCUCUGGCUGUCCUAAGAAGUCAAUAUCUGGAAUUUGCAUUGACAAACAGUUGGUCUUCCGCUCCAAUGUGGAUUCAUCUCUCGUCACAGUGACGGACACUCUUUUUUGUGUUCAAAAAGCAGCACUUGGUCAAGAUGAGUCUCCACCAGCUUCGCCCAAGACUCCUCAUCCUGUAGGGAAUUCCUAUCACUUCUCGCCACCAACAGCCACGAAACCUAAACACAAUAGAGACUUUUACCAGGCUGAUGACAUCGUCCAGACUUACUCCUCCACCUCAUCAAUAAAGAGUUUCCUUCACCAACCGUCUCCUGGAGCUGCUUCCUCGCUCUGCUUCAACCGCAACCCAGCAAAGUUUUUGAGGUCUGUGACACUGUCUUGUUCACGCAAGCUGACGUCUCAAUCCUGCGCUGCUGACUCAAAUCUCGACGCUCACUCCUACUUCACCAAUCUAGCACUGCUCAAGAUUCCAGUUUCUGAGCCGACGCCACCGUCGGACCUCCUGGUCCCCAUCACUGCACUCUCUGACUGGGCGGCUCCAAGUGAACAGAACAACAUGUGCGUCAAUGUGGCAAAAAAGGUGGAGUUGGUUAUUGGAUACACAAGUAAGGGGGAACUCACCUUUGCAACUGUCAACGUGGUCUUUGCUGAUGUUGAACUCAAUCAGUUGCUUUUGCAGGAUCACACAGUGCAAUUCCAGCUUGUUACACAGAGUCCAAAACCAGACAUACCUUCAGUUGGAAUUCAAGCUGGGUCUCCUGUUAUCGGCCGCUCUGAUGGAGCCGUGACGCCUGUGACAACACUUGGGGUGUCACAGGGAGGUGAGUGCUCCUCUGACGUCAGUGCAAGGUCACGUGUCCUCUUUCAACUCAACACUGUUUCCGGCUGUAUUUUCAGGUCAUCUGUGAGAAACUGCUCAGAGCUGCGCUCCCAGAUUCAUACCAUCUUAGAGGGACUUGCCUCACCUGGCGUGAUUGCGAUGAACUCUGGGUCGCAGCCAGACUGGACCAGAGUCAUCAGGCAGGAAUGUCCAUUGAGCACGCAGGAAUCCUGUGAUUCGGGCUGCAACCUUCCUCGCUCUCUCUCACUGAGGAUAUUGUGGGCUCGCCUCGGACCCCUCGAUCUUCCCCAGAACUACAUCCUGGGGGCCAAAUACCUGUUCCAGUGUGCCCGCAUGAAAUGUCCACUCUCGACUCCACUCACACUCACCAGUGAGGUCACAUUUGUUGACACCACCGUUUUCCCAGACCCCCCCAGAGGUCAACCCCAAUUUGACUGGAAGUUUCCAUUUGGGUUCUUCACCAGGGGCCUGGCUGAAAUUGAAGGACACUUGAUCAACAGAGGUCACACUCACACAGAGGUCUCGUGGAGUUUAGUGAUAAAAGCCAUUGUGAUGAUUGUUACCGUUUUGUAAUGUUUAUUUUUAAUAAAAUA